AUGGGUAUCACGGAUUUCAUUAAAGGUGAUCGUCCUCUUGUCAGUAAAGCUGAGGCCGACCAAGUGAAUGCUGUUGCGUUAGCUGAGAUUCAGAAGGAAAUCCAAGUGUGUAAUAAUGAGAAGGACGAUGAUGAGACAGGGUCUGAAUGUUCGGGUGGUUGUGAUAGUGAGGACAUGGAGAAAGGUGAGGCUGUGUUCUCUAAAUUACAGAUCGACUAUGAUACUCCGCUAUUGAAUUCAUCGAAGAGUCCCAAAUUACAUUUUAUAGUUCCUACUUCCAAGAUAGAUUGGGCUCAUGAUGCAUGCAUGCAGGAUGUGGAUUCUAUAGAGUAUAAGAUCAGUAAAUGGUGUGAAUCUCAUAUGGAACAAUACGAGAAAAUCGGUGAGGGGCAAACUUUGACUUGUAGUGUCACUUCUCAACCUAUCAAUAUCAUGGAUAUUGAUGUGAUGAGACAUAAGAAAAAUAACGUUCUAAUCUUACCAUAUUUCAUUUGGAUCAAUGAUUUGAAGUCAGAUCAAGUCGAUAAAACGUUGGAUAAAUUGGUUCCUAUAAUAUUAAACAAAGAAUUAACUAAAAAACAAGUUAUUGAAAGAUUCCCAAAUGUUUCUUUAGCUACAGACAAAUCGUUUGUGUUUAUUUGUUCACAUACUACAAGAGAUAAAAGAUGUGGUGUUACAGCUCCAUAUAUGAAGAAAGUAAUGGAUAAACUGUUGCAAACUCAUGGUCUUUAUCGUGAUAAUUCGGAUUUUAGACCGGAUGGUUGUAGGGUAUCCUUUAUUAAUCAUGUCGGUGGCCAUAAAUUUGCUGGGAAUGUACAAAUUUACUUGAGAGACACUCAGACUUUAAUAUGGUUGGGUCGUGUUACUCCAAAAUUCUUACCUACAAUCUUUGAACAUUUGAUAUUACCUGAGAAUCCAACUUUACCAUUACCUGAAAAAGUUAGGUGUGUUAGAAAAUAUGAGAAAUGGUAG